AUGCGCACGCUAGCAGAAGCAAGCAUAAAGUUCAGAAUUGAUUCAACGAGGGAGUCGGUAAAUCCGACAUUGUUCAAGAGUUUGGUUGGAAGUCUGAGGUACCUAACUUUUACUCGUCCGGAUAUCAUGUAUGCUGUCGGACUGGUUAGUAGGUACAUGGAGAAGCCGAAACAAGAUCAUUUCAUGGCGGCUAAAAGAAUUUUGAGAUAUAUUAAAGGCACACUUAGUAAUGGCUUAUUUUACACUCAUUCUCAAGAUUCAAAAUUAGUUGGCUAUUCAGAUAGUGAUUAUGGUGGAGAUUUGGAUGACGGGAAAAGCACAUCGGGAUAUGCUUUUCAUAUUGGCUCGGCAAUAUUCUCAUGGUCAUCAAAGAAGCAACAAACAGUCGCUCUCUCAACAUGUGAGGCAGAAUACAUCGCAGCAGCAGCGUGCGCAUGUCAGGCUAUUUGGUUAAGCUAUAUUUUGGGCGAGUUAAAUCUUAUCAAAGAAGAACCGGCUCUGAAUGAAUGUGAACCAAAGAAAGAAGCAGCUGCACAGCCUGGAGGAGUCAAACGGGAAGAUAGAAUAACUCCUAGAAUUAAGGUAGGCUGGCUGUUAGAAUUUGAAAAUGAAAAGCUGGCCAGGAAACCAGGAAUUAAAUAUGAUGUACGUAAGGCAUGA